AUGUGCCUCAACAUUGGUUGUGCCUUUCCCCUGUACGUCUGCUCUGUCUACCUCACCACGAGCAUCGGCCUCAGUGGCGAGAACCUCGACCACCUCGAGGGCAUCAUGGCGUUCGUCGGCGGCCUCCAGGGGCCCUGGCUGCUGAUAGGGGAUUGGAACAUGCUGCCGACGGACCUCGAGGCCUGGGCCAAGCAUGCCAAGGGCAGAUUGCUUUCGGCACAGGUGCCGACCUGUGCUGGCAGGGAGAUUGAUUUUGGUAUCGUGUCGAACGCUCUGGCUCCCUUCGUCUCAAAGGUCGAGGCGGUAAUGGGCAGCACCGCCAAGACACACGUGCCGCUGGCCAUCACAUUCGGGGGGCUUCAUCGGGGGGCCACUGUCACGCGCGCGGUCUACCCCAAGAGGUUCCCGAUCGAGAAGCCCUUGCCUGUCAGGCCGGCCCCGGUGGAGGCUCAUCUAGAUGAGUGGACAUGGCAGGUUGGCCAGGAGCUUCCUGAUAAUCUGGGCGAGGCGUGCCAGUGCUGGUUGGACCACGUGGAGACCUACCUGAUAGAUCUUCACGACAUCCAGCCUUGGUGUCAACGCAGUUGGAGUGGUCGCAGUUCCGGCCUUCGUGUUGUCCACGUUCCCUUCGAGACGGCUUGGAAGCAGGACGUCAGGGAAGGCUCGUCGCUAGAGUACAGGCAGUGGUCCUCCUACCUCUCGGCCUUCAUGCGCCUGCACGCGAUCGGCUUCAGCAUGAAGGAGAAGGGCCUCAGUAGUUUGGCCGCCUGCAGAUGCCAGCUGUAG